UCCAGCAAUCCGGCUUGGGAGGCGAAACAUUGCAAUGGAAGUAAGACGACAUUUAGCAGGAAGUCGUACCUUGAAGGGGGACAUUUGAAUAGAUUUAUUUAUACACCUAUUUGUGUUUAUGAGUACAAUGCGACCGAAUUUGGUGAGUUCUUUCAUUGUAAAAGAGACGACAAAGCCAUACCAAAGUCGAUGAUGUGUAUCUAUGCCGUAGAUGCUAGCGGUUUCAUGACUGGAUGCAGAUCUGGAGAUCAUUUACAACAUUGUGAAAAUUUCACUUGUCCAGCAAAUACAGUCAAAUGUCCUGGAAGUUAUUGUAUUGAACAACGAUUUCUUUGUGACGGACAUAAUGAAUGUCCUGGAGGGGAAGAUGAACACGACUGUACAUGUAGAGACUCAUAUAGAGAAGUAUUCUUAUUCGUGGAAGAUGAAGACUCUGAGAGCAGGAAUGCCGCAAUACAUUUAGCUAAACAAUUUUUUACAAACAGUGAGAAUAACAUCGUUAAAUUGUUUAAUUUCAAGAUUCUUCAUAGAAAAAUGAAGUUUGACAUUGAGUACAGGUUAUUGGAAAUAAAGGUAGAACGUGUUACCCGAGAACAGGGAAUAGAGGAAACAGGAUGCAAGUUUAAAUCAAUGGCAAGAGACUUUCUUAAACAACUGAAGUUUUCCAAAAAAAGAAGAAGAAAAACCAAAAGCGCGCUAAUUGUACUAGAAAACAGUAUUGAAUCAUCAGUUGUCGCUAGCCUAGUAUUGUCCAAUAUUUCAGAGCCAUCGUUUUAUAUUUAUCGGGUGAUAAAAGAUUUCAGUUCUUCAAUUUAUAAAGAUAACAGAUACAAAUUUGUAAAGGAUAUACAUAUCAGUAAAUGGAGUUCUCUAUUUUUGAUUGGUUUUAGACGAUUUCCAGAAAUAUGUAAAGAGGCUACAAUCGUACCAUGUGUUGGAAAGUACAGAUGUUCGUCUAGUAAGCAAUGUAUACCAUUUGAACAAGUAUGUGAUGAUGUCAUUCAUUGCAGAAAUGGUGAUGAUGAACGACUUUGUGAUUCUGUUUGUCCAGAGAAAUGUAACUGUACGGGUGAUGUUAUCAAUUGUAAAUCAGCCGACAUAAUAAUGUCUGAUAUUUCGUCAUUGACUGUACAGGCUAGAAGUCUUGAUCUAAGUAACAAUCCAAGAAUUAAAGAAAUACCUGAACAAAAUUUAAGUUUUCCUUUCAUGUUUCGACUUAAUUUUUCAUCAUGUGACAUUCAUUAUAUUCAUAAAAGGGCUUUCUUUGACUUGAAAAACUUGUUAUCGUUAGAUCUUAGCAACAAUAGAAUAGAGCAAUUACCUGAUUUGGUAUUUAGCAAGCUUCGCUAUCUAACCUAUUUAAAUCUGGACAGAAAUAAAGAACUAACAAUGAUUUCAUCGACUGCUUUUAAAGGUUUGAAAUCUGUAAGAAGCUUAAAAAUUUCCGGCACAAACCUGAAAAAGAUAAGUUCACUUACGUUCUCGGGCUUGGAGUUGGACAGUAUCGACAUUUCUUACAACAGAAUUGAGGAAAUUGAAGAUUUUGCCUUCAACAAUUCGCUUGUUCAUAAGAUUAACUUUGAAGGCAAUAAAGUGAUAACAUUCGGAAAAUUUAUAUUUAACGGCGUGACAUCACUUCGUGAGCUUCAUACACCUGCAUUUAAAUUCUGCUGUAUCCGACCUUGUUAUCUUCCUGAAGAAUACUGCAAACCGCUGAAGAAUGAGUUUUCUUCAUGUGAAGACCUGAUGAGAAACUCUGUACUUCAAGCAGUCCUUUGGAUUGUUGGGUUCGCUUCAUUGUUCGGAAACCUAUCGUCAAUUAUCUACCGUCUCGUGUACGAUCGUAAAAGGCUAAAAAUAGGUUAUGGCAUAUUUGUAACUAACCUUGCAGUUGCAGAUUUUCUGAUGGGUAUUUACCUCAUCAUGAUAGCAGUGGCUGAUUCACUCUAUAGAAACAGAUAUAUUUUUGUGGACGAUCAAUGGAGAAACAGUAAUUGGUGUAUUACUGCCGGAGUUUUGUCUACAAUUUCAUCUGAAGCCAGCGUCCUCUUUCUUUGCUUGAUAACAUUAGAUAGACUUUUAGUGAUCAAGUUUCCAUUUGGCAGAGUGAGGUUUGGACCUAUGAAGGCCUAUGUCUCUUGUACAUUGUGCUGGUUCAUUUCCAUCAUCCUAUCGGUCAUUCCAAUUCUUUACACAAGUCACUUCCAAAACAAAUUCUACUCUAGAACAGGAGUUUGUAUUGCAUUGCCUUUAACACGAGAUAAACCUCCAGGGUGGAUUUAUUCUGUGUCAAUCUUUGUCGGCCUGAAUUUUUGUACUUUCAUUCUUGUUGCUGCAGGACAAAUCUCAAUAUUCACAGAACUUCGACGAUCAACAUCAGCUAUGAAGAAGACACAAAUAUCAAGAAGACGUGACUUGAAAGUUGCAAGAAAUCUUAUACUCGUUGCAACAACUGAUUUCCUGUGUUGGUUUCCGAUAGGUGUGAUGGGUAUUUUGGCCUUGAACGGAUUUCCGAUUUCUAGUGAUGUUUAUGCAUGGUCAGCUGUUUUCAUUUUACCAAUUAACUCUGCUCUAAACCCGUUUUUGUAUACAGUGACAGCAAUAAUCGGGAAAAAGAGUUUUAAUCCAAGCCUUGAUGAGCAGAGUCGAACAGCGGUCCAGAAAGAAAUUGGUACCGCCAUUUUGGAAUACCAGCAAUUUAGCAGAUCUGUGCGGAUGACAAGUGAACUUGUACCAGUUGGGACGAAACGUAGUAUUCGAGAAAUUCUUGAUGACGACAGUUGCUUGUCAGUCAAUAUUGUUGUGGCUGUGUGCAAACAACUUGCCGAUUAUCUACGUCUAUUGCAUGUGGGCUUUAUUGCUAUAGAUCAGAUAUGUGAGGAAAACAUUUACAUUACAGUGUGUAAAACAAAGGUUACCAAACCAAUUGUUGUAAUCGAUGCCAAAGCGUUGUUAGCUACUGAUGAAAGAGCUCUACAGGAAAAUAUCCGCCAAUUUGGUAACAUUCUGCGAAAGCUAAUCUUAAAAUGUGAAAAGGGUUUAAAGUAAAGACUGGUAUUCAAUGGAAGGAAGUUGUCUCUGUUACGAGGCAUAUGUACUCAGUUAUAUAUAUGAGUGAGACAAAAAUAAGUGUUGGAGCACCAUACUGCUUCUACACUGUCGACAGUAGAGACAUUUCAUUCGUACUGGAUGGCGUGAAUAGGAAAUUGAAAUUACUUGACUUUUUAUUUCGGUGUAUAUAUAUUUUGAAUUUCAAGUGACGUACUGUUUUUGUUUUAGAUAUCUUUGAACAUAAACGUUCAUUGUACCGUCAUUAUGUCAUAAAAAUAUCAUACUGUGUCAAAUUACAAUCGGAACAACUCGGCCUUUAUCUAAAAUAAUCUCGGACUUAAUACGGAUUGAAAUUACACAAAUGUAGUUCUUCAACGUGGUUUAAGAUGUAAUAAAGACAGAGGGCGCAAUCUUUGCUAAAAUGUGACAAAUUUUUGUAUCUAACAUCCAAAGGAAUAUAUAGAAGAAUAUUUAGGUAAAAUAAUGAUUUAAAAUAUGUCUUUCAAUUAUAAUCAAUUAAAAAAUGCCAACUGAAAAUCAAACCCAAAUUUAUGUCAACAGGUUUCUACAACCAUCAUAAUAAGUAUAUGAAAAAUGUACUGCUUACUUUUAUGUCUAUGAAUUUACUUAAUUUAUGUGGAUUUUUACUCGAUUUAUUUUGGGAAAAACUAAGUCAAUAACUUUUGGCAUUCCUAAUUCCUACUUACUUAGCGUAGUUUAGACCAACAUACCUUAUCCGUCCUUUGCAUUCUUACUAUUGUGUUCGAUCGUGUUCUUAUCCGAAGUUUGACGGAAAGGGCAGAGAAGUUGCGAUUGUGUCAAAUCAUUGUUGUUUUCAUGUUUUUGAAUUAAAUACGUUUGUUAGCUAUUGUGGUUGCUAUUUUGUCAAUUUUAAUGGUAUUUUUACUUAUUCAAUAUUCAUAAAAUCGUAUAAAAAUCAAUGUUAACCAUGGGAUACGUAACCGCUGUUAAAAGAUAUAUUCAUUAAAUGUUUUUAUUUUGUCGAUGACGUUGUCAAUUUUUAAUCAGUGUUUUCCAAUAACUGAGUGAUUGAUGUUGUAAAAAUUCCAUCAUUUGUUAUUUUAUUAAUAUUUGUUAUUUUAUUAAUAUUAUUAACCUUAUUAUGUAAAAUGUUGUCAUCAUAGUAUCAAUGUUGUUUAUUGUGAUAGUACUGUGUACUCUUACUAUUGUGUUCGAGGUUAUUUUCCGAAGUUUGACGGAAAGAGCCGAGACGGUGCAAUUGUUGCAAAAAGCAGUGUCUUACAUGUUCUUAUUAGUGUUGUAUCUGUUGUUGUAUAUGAAUUUUUUGUCAGAGAGGAGGGGUGGUAGUUAUUGUGGUAAAGAUUAAAAUCCUGGCAACAUUGGUUCGAGUCCUACUCGUUUGAUAUCAAUGUACCCCUUGUAAAACCAGUGCAAGUUAGUUAGUAAGUUCAAAGAGGAGAAUUCGAUAGCUGACAAAGAAAGAGCUCUAUAGAGAAAAAUAUCCGAUAAUUUGGAAACUUUUUUCGUGAAAUGUAAAAAAGAUUACGUGUGGUACAAAAAAAAAUAAAAAACAAAAUGCGGACUUUUAGUAUUAAAAUCAAUAAUGUUGAACAUGGGAUACGUUACCGCUGUUAAAACAAUAUAUUCAUUAAAUGUUUUUAAUUUGUCGAUAAUGUCAAUUUUAAAUCGGUGUUUUUCCAAUAACUGUGAGACUGAUGUUGUAAAAUUUCAAUCAUUUGUUAUUUUAUUGAUAUUUGUUAUUUUAUCAAUAUUGUUAAACUAAUUAUGUAAAAUGUUGUCAUCACAGUAUCAAUGUUGUUUAUCAUUCAAUGAGGAGAAUUCGAUAGCUGACAAAGAAAGAGCUUAAUAGAGGAAAAUAUCAGAUAAUUUGGAAACUUGGAAAUUUAUGUGAAAAGGAUUAUGUGUGGUACACACAAAAUGCAGAUUUUUAGUAACAUAUAUUGCUUAUUUCUAAUAUACAUGUAGUGAUUUUUUUUAUUAUCAGCAUCUUUAUCUAUUUACAUUUAAGCUAUUGUCAAGAUAUAAUUAAUAUUUUAUUCAGUGUCAAAUCAUAUUUUGAUGUUUGUAGAUAAAACGCUUUUACUGUUGUUUUUCCUUUGUAUGUGGAAAUUGUUUGUUAUGGACAUUCGUUUAAGGCCCAUUAUGCCUUAGAAAUGCUUUUAUUUUUAUUUCACAAAAAGCCUUUUAAUGUCGGUGAUAAACGUACAAAAUUAUAUGCCGGAAAUAUAGUAAAAUGUGACCAAAGUAGUAUUAUGACUUCCAUUAAAAAAAACUCAAAUAUUCACUUUAAUUGUACACAUUGCCAAUGAGAAAUGGAAUCAAAAGAUUGUUCUUCUAUAUAGCCAUUUAGUAAAUAUUUUGAAAAUGUAAAACAAAUAUCCUAAAAUAAAUAGUUUUUUCAGAAAUAAAAAUCAUAGCAUUUCGAAGGUCUAUGGGCCUUUAAACGUCUCUUCAAAUGAUCAAAUUGGAAAAUUUGCAUUGGUAUCAACAAUAAAUAUCCAACAGGAAAUCUGACUGUAAAAUUAAUUUCAUAUAUACAUAUAUCUAUACAAUACAGAAUUGAUGCGAUAAAAAAUGCCAUCAAGAGUUUUCAGGUUACAAUGCUUACAUGAACUAAGUUAAAGAUAUACUAUGCUCAUCUUUGAGUAAAAUAUUUUAAUCGGAGAAAUUUAUUAAAACCUAUGAAAUUCUUACUGAAUAUGUCUAAUUUAACUAAAAGAUGAAUAAUAAACUAUUUUGGAAGCCACGUUCUCUAAUAUACGAUAAGUAAAAUUAGUCUUUUCUUAAAAAAACUGCCAGUUUUUUUAACGACACUAUAUAUUCAUAUUGUGACGAUCUAUGUGUGUAGAGUUUUAAACAUGACAUAUUUAUUUUGUGUGAAGUCAAAACAUGUUUAUUUCAUAUUUACAAAGAGCAGUUAUCUAUAUUUUCUGAUAUCAAAUUUUAGCAUAGUAUAUCUUUAAGAAUAUAUAUACAAAACAAACUGUAGUUAUAUCAUGUAUAUUGCUAAGAAUCUAUGUAGUCAUUUUAGUGUAUUAAAUAUUGUACGCAAACU